AUGUGUAGAAAUAUCUUUGAGCCUAGUUUGUGUUUUGAUUUAUUUAUCACGGAAGACAUUGUUGGUGAGAUCGUGAAGUGGACAAAUGUGGAAAUAUCUAGAAAAAGACCUCCUGUAAAUACCCACGCUACCUGCAGAGAUACAUGCUCCAUAGAAGUUAGAACCUAUUUUGGUAUUUUGACGCUAACUGCUGCAAUGAAAGAUAAUCACCUAACUGCAACUGAUCUAUUUGAUAGCACUUUUUCAGGGUCUAGGUAUUUAGCAGUGAUGAGCAGGGAGCGUUUCAACUUUCUCACGCGUUGUUUGAGAAUGGAUGACAAGACUUUGCGUCCUGCCCUUCGUCAAGAAGAUCCUUUUAUACCAGUCAGGAAGAUAUGGGAGAUGUUUAUACAGCAGUGCAAGUGUAACUACACACCGGGAAACUACCUUACAGUUGAUGAACAGUUGGUUGGAUUUCUAGGGUGUCCCUUUCGAAUGUACAUUCCGAAUAAACCCAACAAGUACGGGAUCAAAAUACCUAUGAUGUGUGACAAUGGUACGAAAUAUAUGGUUAACGCUUUGCCAUACAUUGGAAGAGCCACCGACACCGGAGGAUUACCUCAAGGAGAGUACUACUUAAAGGAAUUGAGCCGUCCUAUACAUGGUACUAAUCGUAACGUGACAUGUGAUAAUUGGUUCACGUCUGUAUCGCUGGCCAAAGCACUACUUGCUGAACCAUACAAACUCACGAUCGUUGGUACGCUAAGAUCUAACAAACGGGAAAUUCCUCAAGAAAUGAAAAACACCCGGCGUCGACCUGUUGGUACAUCCAUGUUCGCCUAUGAUGUCCCUUUGACUUUGGUUUCCUACAAACCAAAAUCAGCUAAAAUGGUGUUCCUGUUAUCUUAG